CCCACUUCCCUCGCCAGACAUCAGCCAGCAACGCAGGCGAACGCAGCUCUCUCUCUCUCUCCCUUUCUCUCUCUCGCCCUCUCUCUCACGCACACACGUACAUAAACACUUUCUCUGCAGCUGCAAACACAUCUAGAGAGCACAGAGAGACCACAACAGCAGCAGUCGGACCUCACACACACUCACACAGCGGCGCCUUAUCCACUUACGCUCAAAGAGGAUCCCAGCAGGAGACGCACCAACCGCUGCACAAACAGGAACCUACGGCUGCACUGCGCACACGCCGAGGAAGACUUUUAUCUACUUUUUUUCUUUAACCCUUCCAAAGGGCUGGUGAUCCUUCUCUGUUGUGCCACAAUGUCCGAGGUGCUGCCAUAUAACGAGGGGAAGAUGAACGGCUACGGGGCGGACAGCGAGGUCAGUCAGAUGUCCUUUAGCUGCGGACUGCAGGACACAAGCGCCUUUUUCGCUGCGUCGCAGGCGAAAAGACCCCCAAAGCUUGGACAGAUCGGCAGAGCCAAGCGAGUGGUCAUCGAGGACGACCGAAUAGAUGAGGUCCUGAAGGGGAUGACGGACAAGUCUUCACCCGGCGUUUAAACACGAGCGAUGCCUUGCAGACUUUUUUAAUUUUGAUCACCGAUUUGAAGCACUUGUCGGCUGUGCAUGUUCGAGGAUUGCGGGGAGAGAAAAAAAUCGACGGCACGAAGCGAAAGGACGGGAUGAUGGUGAAUGGGAAAUGGGAAAAAAAGAAAAUGGCAAAGAAGACGAAAGGGGGAAAUGGCUUAAAUGAAGAGAUGUGAUGAUGAUGAGGAGGAGGAGGAGGAGGAGGAAGAAGAAAGAGUGAGAAAGAGGAAGAGACUCUGGAAAAAGACCAAGAUUUAUCAUGGGAUUGCUGGCAAUUCUCCAAACGAAUCCCGAUUUUAACUACUGCUGCGCAGCAAGAUGUUGAGAUGGCGGACACUCUGCUCUGUAUCUCAACCUCUGCUGACUUUAACGAUGGAUGAACUUGUCAUUACUCCACGACCAUCUCUCUUAUUUCUUUUCGUUUUCCAAAAAGCGCUGUAAGCAACACAAUACUGCAACUAGAGGGUGAAGUUAAAUCCCAGCCCUAUUUCAAUAAGUUGUACAGUAGGUAGGCUAAGCUCUCAGACGUCCCCCCUUGCCUCCCCCCUCCUCUCUCCUUUAGGCUUUGCUUUGUUGAUUCAGUCAGCGACGGUGCAUUCAAGGGAGCUGUCCUUUCAGCACUGAUCCAAUGCAUUCCUGUUGCUGCUAAUGCUUUUAAAAAACAGACCAACCAAGCCCUCCAUAAAUAGAGGAGACCCAUUGUAUGUAAAAAAAAAACAAAACAAAACAAAAAAACACACACACAUAUAUCCGAGGAUGGUGCAAUGUUAAUAUUUUCUGUAGUAGAAUCCCAUUUGUUUUGGCACUUAUACAGCAUUAGGCCUCAUGUUAAGCUGAAAAACAGGCUUCAUUCUACUUCUUGUCUUGCCCAUCAGUGGUUAAAGGUGCAGGUUGGCACCUUCAUGUAGCUGAUUUACACCUGCACAUAUCUUUAUUUUUGUUUCUUUAGUUUUUUUUCCCCUGCAUUUUCAGAUGCUCAGAUAUCUACAGAGGCCAGCAGAAAUAUGUGGAAAUUAUAAGUAAAUGUUUUAAGUAAUAGUCAUGAAAUUGAUGGGAAAAAUAGCUUUCUAUAAUUUGGAUAUUUUCAUUUUGCGAUUAUUUGUGUUUUGUCCUCUAUGAAUUUAAAAGUUUUUCUCCAUCUAUUUGCAUGAACUGUCACUCCGGUGCCAACGCAGGUGCCACCACUCUUACCCUGGCACGCUUCUUUUUAACAAAAGUCAUAUUUGUAUUUUUAUAUCUAAAUAUUUGUUAUUUAAAUUAUAUGCUAGUCUAUCGUCUUACAAUUCAUCAACAAAAAUAUUUGUACUUCAGAGAGGAUAUACAGAAUGAGACUAGGCUUCAUGGAGGCGAAGCUAAGAUUUUUCGGUGGACUGGUCUCAUUCUAUAUCAGAUGUCGGACAUUUUUUAAAGACUAACUGAAUGUGUCUGGGGUUUUUGCACACAUCAAUGUUAAACUAUUAUUAAGAAAUCGUAUACUGUGACUUGAGCUUCGUUGAUGAAUUUGUUAGAAAAUGGCAGUUUUAGAGUAUAUUGCACUGUUUACGAGUAUCCUCAAAUAACACGUUGUUAUUUGACCGAUUUUGGACAUUACAGUUUUUGUUUUUUAAUUUUGUUUAUUUUGUACCAUUAUUUUAAAGAAACUGGAUAUGGUUUGUUGUGCAUGAAACCUUAAUAUUUUCAAUAAUGAAACAUUGUUUUAUGAAGCAAAAAAAGCAACAAAAAUGUCAUGACAUUCUAAGAAUGAGUCAUUGUAUAUUAUGAUGCCAUUUUCACUGUAUUUGGUGAAUUAAUAAAUGGUGAAAGAAAAUGUUAA